GAAAUCGAAGAUUACCAUUCAGAUGGUUGACUUGAACUAUUCCAUCCUCCAUCUGAUGAAUUUCCAGGAGUUUGCUGAGAUAGAACAGAGUUUGAAUCUCCCCAAGCUGAGGACACAUUUCUUCCAGAUCCCCAAGGUGAUCCAUCGUUAUUUUUAUUGCAGCCUGUGUCUCAGGAGCCACUACAAUUGUUCUUGCCUUUGCUCGAGCAUUUCUUUAUACAGUAGCAUUUUUCAUUGUAUUUAUUGGGAGCUCUGUUGGAUCCAUCACCACCUCAACUUCCUUUAUAUACUCCCAUACUUCUACUAGUAUGUUUAUUGGUUCAUUCUUGAGCUAUAUGGCCUUUAUCUCCGCACUUGAAGCAGCGUCUAUUUCUUCUGCUACUGUUAUGAUCUCUUCUUUGUGGGCAUUCCUUAACCUCAUGACCUUCUUUACCGCACCUGAAGCACUUUCUAUUGCUUUUAUCUUUGUUAUGAUAUCCUCUUUCUGGGCAUUCAUUAAUCUGAUGAUCUUCAUUACCGCACCUGAAGCAGCCAUUAUUCCUCCAUUUUUUUCUUCUGGUUCUACUAUUGCUAUCAUCCUGGCCAAAUAUUUUCUCAAAUACAUUUUGAUCAGUCAGAGUCUUCUUCUCUUCUUCAAAUUCAUAUUUUUGAAGCAUUUUCUUCACUCAGGGUUUAGUUUUAGAUGGUUUGAUGAAUUUAGUUCUAUAUUCUUUUGCUAAGUAAACUAUCCUCGGUUCUGUAUUCCCCAAUGAUUUCCUUACGAUUCUGUCCUUUUUAGUUGUUUCAAAUAUUCUCUUGUCCUUAUCUAUAUCUCUGCGAUAUUCAGAAGUGUUGUACUUUUUGAGGAACCAAGUUUCCACUUCAGAGAAACUUGUGAAUAACCUAUUAUGGAAGAAAUAUCCGUCAUAAAUGAUAUUUAUGAAUUCCAAAACAAUUUUUGUUGCGUCUACUAUAUACCCAAGGCAUAUGUUUUUAUGAUACUUUGAGAAGAUAGUGUAUCAAUAGGGAAAUUUACAUUCUUCUUGUUCUCCUUUGUUUUCCAGGUAUGUUCUCAUCUCAGAUACUCCUUGAAUAAUUUUGAAGUGUUCGUUACGAUAUGCAUCUUUUUUGGAUCUAAUUUCUCUCAAGCUGCAACUAAUUCUCCAAUAGUUUUCUUGCCCAUUUUUAUCUGAUCAUUAAUAAUAUUCUUAGCAAUGUUGUAAUGAUCUGGAUGAAUACGAGUACUAUCUAGAUAUUUCAUGAUGAUUUCUUCAUCAGCGAGCUGAUCAUCUUUUACUCUCUUCGGUCCUUUAAACACCAUGAAUCCAAGACUGUUCCUAGAGACAGUAUUUGAAAUACUCUUGCUCUUGAUAAUAUCCUUUCUUGAAUUAAAUUCAAGCUUGUUUUCCUUGAUCUUUUUCAACAUUCAGUCAUAUUUUUUUUGAUCCAAACCCACAUAGAAAUCUCAUUCCGUAAUAAUUGGCAUUCUCCAUUUACUCUCUUGGUAAGCUCAAGCUUGAACAAUCUAUGGAUCUCAUCUUUAUCACAUAAGUACUGCAAAGGAUGAAAUGAAAGUGUUGACAAUGUAUUAGACGAUUUGUGUUCAUUCCAUGCUCCUGUCAGCAUACUCAGGUAAGACUUAACAAUUCUGAAGAUCAUUUCUUCAAUAACUCUUCCUUCUUGCCUUUUAUAGACAUUGAUUGGCUCUACUGACUCGGAUGAACUUUCAAGGAUGCAUAUCAUUGGCUCGUCUAAAGGAAGAGUUAUGACCUUUAACUUCGGAUUUGUCUCUUUGAUCAUUUGCACAGUGUUUAGGAUUAUAGGGGAAGCCAGUAUAUAUGCUAUUCAAUCGAUUCUAUUCUCUGAAAUAAUACUCAAAAAAAAACUUUUGAACUUGAAUCAUAAUUGUCGGAAAAAUUUCGAAUUAUGUUUUCUUCAUCUUUCUCACUCCUUAACUGCCCAACCUUGGAAUUUGAAAUAUGAUAUGCCAUCAAAUCAUCUUCCAUAUAAUAGUGUAAUGAAAGCAUAUUGGUGCCACUAUAACCGUAAUUCCUGUUCGUAACCUUCUUAAAUUCCAUGAGUCAUUUCAGGUUUAACUGGUCAAGUGCCUGGGAUUUCAGUUCUUUGAGAAUAGUGAGGUCAACUAUCUUAUCUUUCACAAUCCGAACUGUCUGAGAAAUGAUUUGUUCAUGGUAUUUUUCCCAACUCUGUAACUUCUUUCGAUAUUCUGAAUACUUGGAACCUCUAAAUUUCUUCAUAUCUAAUUUGCGGAAAGUAUAACUACUAAGCAUUACAGUGUGAAUCUUUUUUUCAAAGACUUCUGAGUGGAAUUCAACCAUUAUCUUCUCUUUCUCUUUGUAAUCAAGAAUCAGUAGCAAUAAGUCUAGGUUGUUCAUUAGCACAGUGAAUGGAACCUUUUUUAGCCUCUUGAUUGUAAAGCCUUUUUCGUUGAAGUGAAUAUCCUUCUCAUGUUUCUUUGCAGGAGAGGUACUUAUUUUGACAUUUUGGAUGAACACAUUUUUCAGAAUAGAGGCAAUUUCUGGAUGAAAAGCAAUUUCAUUCGAAAUAUAGUUGAUAGAGCUUGUGUAAAAACUUUUAAAGUUCACCAACCCCUCUUUUAGAUAUUUCUUGGCAUAAGUUUCUAGAUCUUCUUUCAUCAGAGUAUGGAAAUGUUUUCUUUUAGAUGAAUGCACCUUAAGGUUCUCUAAUAACUGUGAAGGUGAUAUGAAACAAUUCCUGUUGAAUUCAUCAAAGACUUCAGAGGGAAGUACUUUCUGCGGUUUCUCCAUUCGAAGCGAGAAAUUAUAAGGGUCUUUGUAAUCGCUCAGCUUGUAUCUUAGAUAAGUCAUAAUUCUGUUAUGAAAAGGAAUAUCAGAAUAGUGAUUCUUUUUCAUUUUGAGGAGCUCUUCUUUGAUCUCUUUGGAUGAAACCAUAUCAAGUAAAAUAUCAAUUUGUUUUUCAAUCUUUCUGUAUUCAGUCCAUUUAAUGUCCAAUUCGCUGAUUCUCCAAAGAUCUUCUUCGGUUAAGGAAUCAGAAAAGAUCUCAGAUCUGUAGAGGAAGAUAAAUGGGAUAUCAUUAUGCUUUAAUAUCAUUUCAUAAAGGGUCGUAUAGAUAGAUUCCUUAAGGUCUUCAGACCUUUCAUAUCCAAAUUGUGUGAAUAGAAGGUGGUAAAUAAAACUAGUUUCUUUUAAUAUCUCACUACUAUCAGUCUCAGCUCUGUUUUUCAACACUUCUUGAAGUCUUUCAGGGAUAUCAGUGUUUGAGAUUGCUUCAUUGUUUCAAUCCUUAUACAUUUUUGCUCUUUUAGAUUGGUAAUUAUUCCCAGUCUUAAACUUUGUACUCGUAUCUUUAUUUUCAUCUUUGAAUUUCUCCCCUUCAUUUUCUGUAUUUGCUCCCUUAUUUUUUCUGUCUGUUCCUUGAGUUUCUCCUACUAUCUCACUUUCUUUUACUCUUUUGCCUUUUUCGCCUUCUGUUUUGCUUUCAGACUCUUUUUCCUGCUGAUCAUCAGACUUUUGUAGUUCACUCUCAGUCUUUUUAUUAGAAUUGACUUUCUCUUUGGGGUUAUUGUCCUGGCCAUCCAAAGCACCUUUAUCAGAAAGUGGUAAAAUUUGUGGGGAUGGGUACUUUUCUUCUUGAGUCUCCAUGAAUAGAUCUAGU